GCCAGUAUGAACACUACUGCUCCUCUCUCUCUCUCUCCCCGCUUUGCUCGUCGCUCUCCUGCAGGCUGCGUGGCUUCCUCAGAACAAUCCUAAACUACUAACUUUUUUUUUGGGGGGGACAUUGUUCAUUUUUGCGUGUUUUUACGCUCGGUCAGAUGGCUCAACGCGAUCAGAUGGCUCAACCAUUUCCCCCAACACUUUGAGCUGUGAUACAGUUCUGAACUGGGAAUGCGGAUUGCUCUAAAUUGUGGCACAACUUCAAACAAAUCAACGACGGAACAAGUUUGAAGCGGAGAUAAAGGAACCCGGUACCCAGGUCCAAGUCAAGAUGUCUGUCAGUAACCACGAAAACAGAAAGUCUCGCUCUAGUUCCGGCUCCAUGAAUAUCCAGCUCUUCCACAAGACGACCCACGCCGACAGCCUGUUGACUCAGCUCAACCUGCUACGCAAACGAAAAGUCUUCACAGAUGUCAUCCUCAAGGCCGGAAACAGAUCCUUCCCUUGCCACCGGGCCGUCCUGGCCUCCUGUAGCCGAUACUUCGAGGCCAUGUUCAGUGGCGGGCUCAGGGAGAGUCGUGAUGCCGAGGUCAACUUCCACGACUCUCUCCACCCGGAGGUGCUGGAGCUGUUGCUAGACUACGCCUACUCGGCCCGAAUCAUCAUCAACGAGGAAAACGCUGAGUCGCUCCUGGAAGCCGGCGACAUGCUUCAGUUUCACGACAUCAGGGACGCUGCGGCAGAUUUUCUAGAAAAGAACCUGCACCAGUCGAACUGUCUGGGGAUGAUGCUGCUGUCGGACGCCCAUCAGUGCCAGAGACUGUACGAGCUGUCGUGGAGGAUGUGCCUGGCAGACUUUGCUACUCUCUUCAGGACUGAGGACUUCCUCAGCCUGCCCAGAGACAAAGUCCAGGAGCUGAUCCUCAGCGAGGAGCUGGAGGUGGAGGACGAGAGCCUGGUGUACGAGGCUGUUAUCGACUGGGUCAAGGCCGACAUGGAGCACAGGCACAGCGAGCUGCCCGAGCUGCUGCGCUGUGUCCGUCUGGCGCUGCUCCCUGAAACGUACCUGCUAAAGAACGUUGCCUCAGAGGAGCUGGUGAUGUGCCAUAAGGUGGGACGGGAGAUUGUGGAAGACGCAGUGCGGUGCAAAAUGAGGAUCCUCCAGAAUGACGGUAUUGUAACGGGUUUCUGUGCCCGACCGAGGAAAGUUAGCCAGGCCCUGCUGCUGCUGGGAGGGCAGACCUUCAUGUGUGAUAAAGUCUACAUGAUCGACAACAAGACUAAGGAGAUCACUCCCAAAACAGACAUCCCCAGCCCCAGGAAAGAGUGCAGCGCAUGUGCUAUUGGUUGCAAGGUUUAUGUUACCGGAGGACGUGGCUCUGAAAACGGGGCCUCCAAAGAUGUCUGGGUCUACGACACGUUACACGACGAGUGGUCCAAAGCUUCUCCUAUGCUGGUAGCCAGAUUCGGACACGGGGCCGCGGAGCUCGACCACAUGCUGUAUGUCGUGGGAGGACACACUUCUCUCGCAGGAUCCUUCCCCGCAUCUCCAUCUGUGUCCCUCAAACAGGUGGAGCAGUACGACCCUCAGACCAAUAAAUGGACGCUGGUGGCUCCACUCCGAGAGGGGGUGAGCAACGCUGCCGUCGUCGGCGCCAAAAACAAACUCUUUGCCUUUGGGGGCACCAGUGUAAACAGAGACAAAUACCCCAAGGUGCAGUGCUUUGACCCUUGCGAGAACCGGUGGACUGUGCCGGCCGCCUGUCCGCAGCUGUGGCGCUACACGGCAGCGGCAGUGGUUGGCAACCACGUCGUCGUGAUCGGAGGCGACACCGAAUUCUCAGCCAGCUCCGCGUACCGGUUCAACAGCGAGACGUACCAGUGGUCAAAGUUUGGAGAUGUCACGGCCAAACGGAUCAGCUGUCAUGCGGUGGCGUCAGGAAACAGACUAUAUGUGGUCGGGGGCUACUUCGGGGCUCAGAGGUGUAAAACACUAGACUGUUACGAUCCCUCGUCGGACUCCUGGGACAGUGUGACCAGUGUGCCCUACUCACUCAUUCCCACCGCCUUCGUCAGCACAUGGAAGUACCUCUCAGCAUAGAGACAAACACGCUCUUUGAGAUCAGCAGUGGUGUCUGGUAUGCAGGCAUGUGUUCUCUCUUCACCGGCUGCACAGAGGAGGAGGAGGAGGAUGAGGAGGAGGAGGAAGAGGAAGAGUUUGUCUAGUCCUGCAGUGGCUCCAUCCAGCUGGAUUCACAUUAUCUUCAGCUGCAGAGAAGCGAAAAGGCCUGAGUCCCAGAGACAGCCCAGAGACUGGAAGUGUCCGGCCUCUUUCCACCUGAUCUGUUGACUCGUACUUCUUGUGUAACUUUCCCAUGAAGCCCCUUGUCUGAGCUGGACUCGUUGCCAUGUAUACUGCAGGGACCUCACAAUCUCUAUCUACCAUGUGAAGCACAGCCAGGAAGCGGACUGAUACUAUAGAUGUGUGCUCUGGGAUUUCCAAACUGAUCUUGUUCCACCUACUGGGGCAAAUCUGCUGCCGCUCAACUGACUCACUCCAUCAUGUAAUAUGUGUAUCACCUCGCCAGUAGAUUACCAGUUUAACAGACUAAGGAUUUAUCAGUGUCCCUCACUGACAUGUUGUUUUACAGUGAACUAAAAAAGAAAGUCAGAUGGUCCUUUUUGUUGUGGUUGCUCUCCCCUCCUGUCACUGGGUGUUUACUCAGGUGUAAUUUAUUGUGACUGCUGAUGGACUGAAUUAGACCUUUGCUAUGCCAGGCGUAUGGAGAAGGAGAGAGGACAUUUUGGGGAAGUGUAUGAUUUUGUGCACAGAAACAAUCUUCCUGUCUUUAUUUUUAGCCUUUGGACUCGGGCUUCCCUCAAUUUUGGUAAGCUAAAUUUGUAUCAUCCUCCUCGACUUAAAAUACAUGCUCGCAAGAGAGAAUGUGGCCAUUGCGGCCGAAGAAGAUUUCUGUUUCAAGAUGUUUUUUUCAAACUAUGAUUUUGUCAUUUUUUUGUGUAUAUUGUGUCUCAGGGUUAUGUUUUGUUUUUCCUGUAUUUGCUCAAGGAAGGGUAACGUCUUCUAACACGUCUGCUAACGUCUUCGCUUUUUUUUGUGAAUGUACUAUCUUGUGAUAAAGAGUUUUAGAAUACAUUCUUACAUUGUUUUUUCAAGUGUAAAUGUAUGAUUACGUUUAAUAGCAGUUGUCGUAUUUAUAACAUAUAUGUUUAUAUAUAAACAUAUAUAUUGCCAAAACCUGAAUGGCUAAUCUUCCUGCCUCUCUGGAUUUAAAUAACAAAAGCUAAGUGUGUCCAAAGUAGUUAAUACUUUCUAGCUAUGGUAUUAUUUUUUCAUUUUAUAUUUCAGGAUCUUUAAUGGAAGUCUUUUGUGUUUAUAGUUUGUAUAUUUUGCUUUGUAAUGAAUUUGUAGAAGCCUUUGAUUUGCACAUUUUGUACAAAGAAAACUCUUAAUGGUCUUAAUUUUGUAUCGUUGUCUUAACCCAGCUUGGGUAGUGUGAAUAAUCAGUGUUUUUGUAGCAAAUUAUCAAGUUGUUUCUCUUUGAACUAUCUUCAUUUUCUCAGUGUGCAAGUCUGCAAUUUUCCAAUGUAUCGAAGUAUAUAUCAAAUACACUGAUAUACUAAGCUUUUACUGAUAAACCAUCUGUUACUCCGUGUUCUACA